AUGCAGAUGGGAAGGGGAGCAAGAAGCUGUCACCGCGUCCUGGUCACAGGUCUGUGCCUCACCCUCGCCUCUCUCCGCAGCCCUCCAUCCCUCUCAGAGCUCCCCAGCAACCACGACAGAGACGACUUCCUUGUGGGGCAGCCCGUGCCAACCAGUGUGGUCCUAAGUUGGAAAAAUGAAGACCAAGCCGCUUUUGCGUUCUGGUAUAGUAUAAAGAAUGAGACAAGUGGCAAAUGGGUCACUCAGCAAACACAGUACAGCAUCACAGGAAGAGACAAGGAGAACUUGGCAGAGCCCGCUUUCAUCAAUGUCACAACGGAGCCUCUUCCGGUGUCUGGUCUGAGCGUGGCCUUCGUGGGGGAAACACAGGUUGUCCUUACCUGGGGCAGUGACAAUGGCACCGCGUCCUGCAGGCUGUUUCUUGAAAGUCAGGAGAUGCUAAUCAACAUUUCAGAUCCGAGGCCUGGGUUUCGGCCCAGCCCCUGGGAGGAGAACCAAGACACAGAAGUUCUGAUCAGGGGAUUAAAUGCAUGGUACAAUGUCACUGUUUACCCUCGGGCGGCAGACAGCACGGAGGGAUGGCCCAGCAGCUUGGAGUUCAGAACAAAUUCUGAGCAGGUGAUUGACAUCAAACCUGUGAACAUCAGUGCCACGAGCCUCAGCCUGACCUGGACAGUGAGCCACAAUGGGUCAUCCUCUGCCUAUACCUAUGAGAUCCACGUGGCCGGGCACAAUGAGUCCCUCACCCUCAGUGUCAAUGAGACUUACACCUACAUCCAUGGCCUCCACUCGAGCACCCUUUACAACAACACAGUGUGUCCUUUCCUGCGAAAAGUGGAGGGCACACCAGCUUUCCUUCAGGUGUACACCUCUCCUUUUCCAGUCUUUGACUUCUGAGUGACGAGUGUGGACAUGAGGCAAAUUGGCUUGGUGUGGAACAGCAGCGACUCAGAGUCCUUUAUAAUUGUCACAAACCAGGAUGUGUCUGGAGAACAUCACAGCAAUGUGACCAGCUACCUGCAGAUUCUCACUGUGGGCUUAAUGCCUGCAACCAACUACCAUUUUGAAAUAUUUCCACAAGGACCCAAUGGGACUGCAGGGGAGCCCACAGCCAUUCACAGUCGGAUUGUCUCCAGUGCAGUGUCUAACGUCAGCAUGGUUAAUGUCACCAGCACGGAGAUGGCGCUGGAGUGGCAGAACACAGACCGUGCCGCUGAAUCUGUCUACCACAUGUGGGUCCAGUCUGCCAAUGGCUCCAGGGAAACAAACAGCUCUCAGGAGACAAUCUUUCUGUCGGACCUGCACCCGGGCACUCCCUAUAACAUCUCCAUCUCUCCCGUGCUGGGCCAGGUCUGGGGGGACUCCAGCAGCAUCAUGCAGUACAUACGGCCCAGCAAUGUGUCUGACAUUGAAGUAAAUGCCAACGCUAUGGCGGCCUACCUGAAAUGGGAGAGCCUGGAUACAGCCUCUCUUACCUACUCCUACCACCUUCUUAUCAAGGAGGAUGGGGAUGGUGGCAGCACCAUACAGAACAUCACUGUCACCGGAGUCACGCAUGACACAAUCCUUGGAUUAGUACCGGGCUCAUCUUACACUGUGGAGAUCUUUGCAGAAGUCAGGGGUGUUGAGUCCCUGGUUCCAAACCGGAAGAACUUCUGCACAGAGUUUGCCCCUGUGGUUUCCUUUCAUUGCCACACAGUCCCUCAGAACUCCAGCUUGGUCCUGACAUGAAGCCGCCCUUCUGGCAACCAUACCGGCUUCCAGUUGGGGCUCAGCAGUGGGACCUUGAUUAAUACAGUGUAUCACCUGGCAGGCUGCUGCCCAGAUACCAGCACCCACUGCAGGACCGAAGUGCCAAGUUUGAAUUACUCUACAUGGUACAACAUCAGCAUUGCCACGGAGUCCUGCGGGGCCACAGCAACUGCUGUCCAAAACACCUGCCUCCCGGGCAUCACAGAACCUCCUGCCCCGGAUGGCGCCCCGAGCAUCACAUCAAUCACCCACAACUCCAUCAGAAUCCAGUUUAGUGGGUUUGAAGCCAGCCACGGCCCCAUCGGAGCCUACGCCAUUAUCCUCAGCACUGGGAAGGCUGACUACCCUACUCCAGAUAUUCUGAGAUACACCUAUGCCAAUUUCAAAAAGGGCACCUCAGAUACCUAUGUGACAUACCUCAUAUGUAUAGAGGACGAGGUGCCGUCCCAGCACUCAACCAGAACCUUGAAAUACGAGAUCGAAGUUGGCAAUGAGUCUAUCACAGGGGGCUACUACAAUGGCAAACUGGAGCCACUGGGCUCCUACCGGGUCUGUGUGGCUGGCUUCACCAACAUCAAUUUCAGCCUUCAGCAUGACAGACUCAUCAGUGGGGCCGAGAGCUAUGUGUCCUUCAGCCCCUACUCGGAGGCUGUGUUCUUGCCUCAGGACCCAGGUGUCAUCUGUGGAGCUGUGUUUGGAUGCAUCUUUGGUGCCCUGGUCAUUGUGGCUGUGGGAGGCUUCAUCUUCUGGAGAAAGAAAAGGAAAGAGGCAAAGAACAGUGAUGUGUCCUUUUCCCAAAUUAAGCCUAAAAAGCCCAAGUUGAUCAGAGUGGAGAAUUUUGAGGCUUAUUUUAAGAAGCAGCAUGCCGAUUCCAACUGCGGGCUUGUGUAGGAGUAUGAAGAUCUGAAGCUGGUUGGAAUCAGUUUGCCUAAAUAUGUGGCUGAGCUGGCUUAGAACAGAGGGAAGGAUUGCUACAGCAGUGUCCUGCCCUAUGAUACUUCCUGUGUCAAUCUUUCAGUCCAGACCCAUUCCACAGAUGACUACAUCAAUGCCAACUACAUGCCUGGCUACCAUUCCAAGAGAGAUUUUAUUGCCACACAAGGGUCUUUGGUCAAUACUUUGAAAGAGUUUUGGCAUAUGGUCUGGGAGAAAUAUGCCAUUGUUAUGUUGACCAAAUGUGUUGAACAGGGAAGGACCCAAUGUGAAUGGCCUUCUAAGCAGGCCCAGGACUACGUGGACAUAAUGGCAAUGACAGCAGAAAUUGUUCUCCAAGAGUGGAUCAUCAGAGAUUUCACAGUGAAAAAUGUGCAGACAAGUGACAGUCACUGGCUGAGACAGUUCCAUUUCACCUCUUAACUGGACCACGAUGUCCCAGACACCACAGAUCUGCUGAUCAACUUCCGGUACCUAGUUCGGGACUACAUGAAGCAGAGUCCUCCACAGUCCCCGAUUCUCGUGCACUGCAGCGCUGGCGUUGGCAGGACGGGCACUUUCAUUGCUGUUGAUCCGAUCGAGAACGAGAACACUGUGGAUGUGUAUGGCAUUGUGUAUGACCUCCACAUGCAUCGCCCACUCAUGGUGCAGACCGAGGAUCAGUAUGCUUUCCUCAACCAAUGUGUCUUGGAUAUAGUCCGAUCACAGAGAGACUCCAAAGUGGAUCUCAUCUACCAGAAUACCACUGCAAUGACCAUCUAAGAGAACCUGGAGCCGGGAGGCAAGUUCGGAAAGACCAAUGGUUGUAUCGCCUGAGUCCAAAGCAGAGGCCCUGGAGGGCAGCCGGACAUCACCCCCACAGCCACAGAGAAUGCCCCGGUCCACUUGUUUUCUUGUGUCUCAAAUCUCGGUUCUCUUUUGUGUUCUGCUAGGAGCCGGCUGUGGGCAGGGUGUGAAGCCAAGCUGGUGAAACCUGGCAGCCACAAGGUGCAGCUGGGGCCGUGCGCUGUGGUGGG